GUAGUUGAUGUCAGUCACGAACAAUCAGCUGUUGUGUACAUUUCUUGGAAGAUAGAAACUUAUUUUCGUUUAAUAUAUGUAAUUUUGUAACCAUUUGUUAUAUAUUUUUGAAAUAAUGUGACCCUAGGGUGUUAUUUUACGUUUUAUACCGAUUCCAGUGAAGAGGGAAUCUCCGGUCUAUUUUUAGAAACCCCAUUCCAAACUUAACAAUGGGGUUACUUUUUUCGAGAUUGUGGAGUUUAUUUACAAAUGAAGAACACAAAGUCAUCAUUGUGGGACUGGACAAUGCUGGGAAGACUACCAUCCUGUAUCAAUUUUUAAUGAAUGAAGUGGUUCACACAUCGCCGACCAUUGGUAGUAAUGUGGAAGAGGUGAUAUGGAAGAAUAUCCACUUCCUGAUGUGGGAUAUUGGAGGCCAGGAAACACUGCGGUCAGCCUGGAACACUUACUAUAGCAAUGCUCAGUUUGUAAUUCUGGUUGUGGAUUCCACAGAUAGAGAAAGGUUGUCCAUCACAAAAGAGGAGCUGUGUAAAAUGCUGAACCACGAGGAUCUUAAGAAGGCCGCCAUUUUGGUUUUUGCAAACAAGCAAGAUAUUAAAGGCUCCAUGUCAGCUGCCGAGAUUUCUCAGCAUUUAAAUUUAACGUCCAUUAAAGACCAUCCCUGGCACAUACAGGGCUGCUGUGCCCUCUCAGGGGAAGGGUUGUAUCAAGGCCUGGAGUGGAUCACAAGUAAACUUAAGGGACGGUGACCUUGGUUGUUACAUAUAAACACUAUACACUGGUUAAAACAAAAUAUUGGAGGUCAAAGGUCAUCAGACAAGGUCAUUAGUAUUGCUUUAUCUAUGUGUUCUUGUGUUCCUAGUCUGUUCAGCCCUCAGGAAUCCACAUUAGAGGGGUUUUUUUUGUAAUGAUCAGCCCAAAUACUUAUUGGCAUGAGUCAUUUUCAUGGAACAUUGUUAGAUAAAGCAUUGUUUGAUAUAUACCCUUUGAUGAUUUUGUUUACACUGAGAAUAUCUUUUAACAUGUUUAAGAGAAGAUUCUUUCUGCUUAUUUAAAACUUUCAUUUAAAAAAAAUCUUCCUUUUAUAUGUUGUAUAUCAUGUAUAUGGUCAAAUCAGAUUCAUUCUGACUUUAAAGCUGUGAUUAAUUUAGUUAAAAUGUUGUUACAAUUUCUUUUAGGCCUUUUUAAAUUUAUAUAUUUGAAAUUUUAAGUGUUCAGUGCCAUUGUAAUUUUGUAAAUGUGAACUGUAUUAUCUUUUGAAGAAAGAAAUCUGAGCUCAUUAAAAGUUGAAUGGAAAUGGUGCUUGGCAUUGCUUUGAAUCUGUAACUUUUGUUUUUAAUGCCAAAUAUGUUCAUGUCCAGCUACAUGUAGCAGUUGUUUUUAUUACAUUUCAAAAUUGUUUUAAUGGACAGGAUUUUUGAGUAAUUUGAAGAAAAACACUACCUCCAAGUAAGGGUAAGGAAAUUGCAGCUUCUAGAUAAGCAAUAGUGCUUUAUUAAUUAUGGGACUCAUUUGAUGAGGGUCUUAAAUUAUUUACCUGUAAUUCAUAUGGCUUUGAAAUAAUAAACAAACAAACAAACAAACAAACCAAUAGUAUCGUAUAUGAGAAGAAAAUCUCUGCAGACUUGCCCAAUGUCUUCACUGCAAGUCUAUGAUACACAUUAGGUGUUCAAUAAAUUAGAAAUAUUAACCAUAGAAUAAGGGUACAUUUGUACAUUCAAACAUUUGUAAAGAAAGUGAUAAAAAUUGAUAAAUUUUCAUGAAUGAAUUACAAAUUAAAUGUAUAGUAAACUAAUGGCCAAUCAAAUGAAAAUCAACUUUUUAUUUGUUGUGUGGCUCCCAUUUAUAAACUUUCCUAAUAAAUCAGCUGACUUUAGACAAAAGAUAAGUAAAUUUAAAUGUAUCCAAUGUAAAAAAGGAUUCUCCUCGGAGAUUUCAUGCCAAAAUUUUUUACUUGCAGGAAAACAAAUUUCUGGUAAAAUGAUCAUUGCGGGCUCAGCAAUCCCCCCCCCCCCCAAUUUUACAGGAAUAUUAUAAUAAAUAUCAUAAUACCUUAAUUAUAAUUUCAAGAUUCUACCUUCUUAUUUGGAUCAAUGUUGUUUUCAAGCUAAUGUAUAAAACUGCAAUGUUGCCAAAAAUUUACUUUAUAUGAAAAUUAUAGAUUUAUUGCCAUUUUUACGUGUACUCUGUGUGGAUUUUUAUACUUAAAUUUUAACUACAUGUAAUUCAAUAUGGCAGGCCAUGUCUCUGUUAACAAGUAAGAUUGAUAUAAGCAUGCUACAAGUAAGACUAUACUGUUCAUUUUGAGGAAGCUAGCACUCUUGAAAUACUCAUGAAUAUGUUGUUUGGACUUUGAGGAAAUUGUAUAUUAAAAAGUUUAUCUAGUUUAUUUUCAACAUAGGGUAUCUGCCAUAUUGUUCAACAACCAUGAAGUAUCACUGCUAUUGACUUUCAUUUGGAAAAUACAUGUGAAUAAUGUUUCCAAUUUCUCUAUCUUGGUGUUAUAUAAUGUUAAGAAUACUGUAUCAUUGUAAAUUUCUGUAUUUUGAAUUCUAUUUGAAGGGGCAAGUCACUCUAACUGCAUAUUUGUAAAACUACCAUGGAAUUAAGACUAUUCAUUGAGCAGUGUUAAGAGCUUCCAUAACAAAUGAUACAGUGUACUUGUAGAUGUAAACAGAAAUUAUUUAAUGAUUAAUCAUGAAACACAGAGGUAAAGUAAUGAAAGGUUAAUGUUAAACAAAAUACAAAGUGCCAUAAAAUGAUGUCUCUCUUCUAACACAGAUAAUAAAAUUUGAUUUUUUUUAAAUUAAUUUUUCUGAUAGUUGAUGGGGGAAAAUUGCAUUAUACAAGUACAUAUAAUGUUCAUUUUUGCAUUAUAUCGCACAUUAGGUACCUUGACACUAUACCCUUAAGACACAAAGUUGUCCAACACCAGGUUAACUUUGAGAACAUAUUGUUAAAAAUCACAGCAUUGUAUACUCUUGAAAAGCAUUAUGUUGAUUAACUAAAUUUAUAUAUGCAUGUAGGAUUUUAGCGACUAGUUAGGGCUUUAAGAAGUGAGAAUGUUUUGUGAUAUCCCCUCCCCCAUUUUUUCUGAUGAAUCACAGUUUCUUAAAUAUGUUAUAUAUAGGUCCCUCACCACUUUUAAACUGUUUUUUUUCACUGCAACUAAGUUCAGAUUUCCUUUUAACAUGUAAUAUUUUCAUAAUUUUAAACUUUAUUUUAAUAUGUCUUGUUUCAGAAUGAAAAUAAUAUUGAUAUAAUUUAAGAUGCUCAAUUUUGACAAAAUAAAUAGCACUCUUCAGUACUGGGAGAUAAGAAUAGUCAUCUGUAAACAUCCUUAAUUAUACAGUAUAUCUAAAAUCUUGCACAUUGUUUAUACUGUAAUUGUGAAUUAAAUUGCCCAAAUUUUGUUUGAAAGUGGAGUAUGGAAGCUAUUGUUUUUCGAGAUAAUGUGUCCAUUUAAAGCCAGUACUUUGUUAUGCACAAUCACUUUUAAUUUGUGAAUUGUUGUUAUUGUUUUUUGCAUGGUUCAAAUGGUGCAGUGUACUUGUUACGUUUGUACUCAUUUUAUUCUUUGUUUCAAGUAAGUGGAGUUUGUUUAUUCAUAAAUGAUAAUUCAUGUUUUUAUGUAGACCAUGACAUUUCAGUCUAUUUAUUUAUUAAAUUUUUAUAACAUUAUGGAAAUGAACAAUAUAACAGACCUGAUUUAAUCAGCAUUUGAAAAUUUUUAAUUUUUUGCAAGUGUUCAGAACAUGAUUUGUAUGGCUAUCAAAUUCAAUGAUUUAAGCUGGAGUGUCUUAAUCUUCACAGUGUUUGACUAUUAUACACAUGCAAAAUAAAUGUUAAAGAAUAAAUACAACUAUCCUGGUUGUUCUAUAAAUAGAGGUGUCAUGUCUAAAAUGAAAUUAACAGUUACAUUUUUUUUUUGAAAAUGUGUAUUCAGAUCAUAUUAUGAAGGUGUCUGCCAAGUUUCAUUGUCUUUUAGGUUGUAAAUUUGAAAUAAAGUAUGAUUUUAAUUACUAGUAAGUCUUUGAAUUCAUUGGCUUGAUAACAUUCUAACAUUGUUUUUAAGAAAUUAUCAGAAAUCAAAAAUUACCAAAAAAAAUCUUAAUAAGAACUUUAUUUUUCUUAAACAAGCUUGUUGCUUAGUUGAUGUCAUAUAAAAAUAUGAAAAAUAUUUAUAUCUUACAAUAUUGGGCAAAAUUCAUCAACUUUAUGUCAAUCUAGAUCAAAUAAUUCUCAUUUAUUUCUUGCAUUCAGUGCAUGAUUUUUUUUCCACACUGGAGCUGCACGUACCACAGGAAAGAAAGCAUUUUAACAAAUGUAUAUUUUUAUAUGACAAAUAUGUACAUGCUCUAUUGAAAGAAAAUGUAUAUAUAAUUUGGUGCAAGUUUUGUUUGGGAUAGAAGAUUAUGUAUGUACAUGUAUGCUGGAUUGUAAGUUGUAUGAGAAUAAAAGUUGUGACACAUUUA